AUGGCAACUACUAUGUUAUUUGCCAAAAAUUAUUUGGGAUCUAGUAUACGUCAUAUGGCUGAGACAAUUGAAACAACUGAAGUAGUGCGUAAUCGAGCUGAUUUAAUAGGUAAUCCGAAAGAGGAUGAGCUUUUGGUCUCUUCUGAUGAGUGUCAUUAUAGUGAUUGUCGGGCCAAACCUAAAUGGCGCGGCCGCAUUCAUCGUUUGGCUUUUUAUGGAGCAAUUGGCUUGUACUUCGUUCUCUUGUGUGCCUUACAGACCAAUCGGUUUUACUUGACUAUUUACUUCCUCUCACAGAUAAUACUGUAUGGGGUUAGUAGUACGUACCAUAUGACCGAUUGGAAAACCAGGGAGAGUGAGAAGUUGUGCCAGAAACUAGACCAUACCUCUAUUUUCUUGUUGAUUUCUGGCACGCAGACCUGUGUACUAAGUGCAAUUGCUGAGUUGAAUAUUAAAUUGAAGACAAGUACGAGUGGGUAUGUUUUACUGACCUAUGCAUUAGCUGGUCUAGGGAUUGUGAAAGUGUUUGUGUUUCGUACAGUGCCACGGUACGUGAAUGUCAUGUACUAUAUAGUGCAUGGAUCUUCAAUAGUCUUGUGUGUGCCCAUGACUAAACUGUGGCAGGAGCGAGUAAUAGUCGGGUUGUGUGCCUUUGGAGGUGCGGCCUAUAUAGCUGGCGGUUUGGUUUAUGGCAGUAAAAAGCCCGAUCCUUCUCCUAAGGUAUUUGGGUACCAUGAAGUCUUUCACGUCUUAACCGUAGUAGGGAACUUUUGUUUCUUGCUGACUAUUAUCUGGGCAGCGUACCGCCGGGACCAUAUCAACCAGGCUUUCAAAACCAGCUAG